CUGAUAAAGAACGCCCUCUGCCUUGCCACAGUGGUAGUUCCAGACAUUUCGUCGUCCACCUCCGAGAACCGAACCUUUAGCCACAAUGUUAUUCAGGCAUUUGCACGUCUGAACGGUACUUGGUCCCCGAAGAUUCGUUCGUAUACAACGUUUGAGGAUCUGGCGAAAGUCCUAUCAUGGCACUCAGCAUAUCUCGGCAAUGCUACAAAUUCUUCGACUUACUUAACUCAUCGAAGCCAUCACAUUCACGGCCCUUCCUCAAGGCGCCAUCACCACCGUGGCUCGUCCAUUGAUCACCGAUCUUCUCACUCGACAAGCGAUGUGCUUGUCACCAGAGCGAAGGAGCCCAAGGCUGUCUUUGCACACUUUAUGCUCGAAAAUGCCAGAGAAUGGGACCUAGGAGACUGGGAGCACGAGAUCAACCUCGCCCGCGAGGCCCACAUCGACGGUUUCGCUCUCAACUUCGGAUCAGGUGUGGACUACAAUCUAGCUUUCCUCAAGGCCUUUGUCACCGCCGACAAAUUAAGCUUCAAAUUUGUUCUCUCCUUCGACUACGCUGGCAACGGUCCCUUUGCCAAGGAUGAUGUGAUUGACAGACUCCGUGACUGGACGUCAUUUGGUGCGUACUAUCACUUCCGAGGUAAGCCGCUGGUCUCGACAUUUGAAGGGCCAGCGAAUGCGGCAGACUGGGUGCAGAUCAAGGCCGAAGUUGACUGUUUCUUCAUGCCGGAUUGGUCGUCGCGGGGAGCUAAAGAUGCGUUGGCACUGAAAACAGCGGAUGGGCUGUUUAACUGGGCGGCUUGGCCGUGGGGAAAUACAGAUAUGGAUACGUAUGUUGAUGCGUCGUAUCUGGAUUAUCUGGAGAGAAGUGGAGGGAAGCCCUAUAUGAUGCCGGUUUCGCCGUGGUUUUAUACUAAUCUACCCGGAUAUAAUAAGAACUGGCUCUGGCGCGGAGACAACCUGUGGAGAGAUCGCUGGGAAGAGGUCAUGGUUGUGCAGCCAGACCUGGUCCAGAUCAUCAGCUGGAACGACUUCGGAGAGUCACACUACAUCGGCCCACUGCCUGAGGGCAACUACAAGGCCUUUGACGUCGGAAAAGCCCCUUACAACUACAUUCUUGGGAUGCCACAUGAUGCCUGGCGCAAGCUCCUCCCUUACUGGAUCGACACGUACAAAAAAGGCAAGGCAUCGAUCUCCCAAGAGGAACUCGUUGGCUGGUACCGUCCAAAUCCGGCCGCGGCUUGCAAUAGUGGCGGGACAUCCGGCAACACGGCCGAGCAGCUUCAGGUUGAGUUUGACCCUGCGGAAGUCGCCCAAGAUGUCAUUGUCUUCUCCGCGGUUCUGGCCCUCGAGGCUGAUAUAUCAGUGACGGUGGGUGGGGUGGCACUGCCCGCAGAAUGGAAAAACAAACCCAGCGGGGGCGUGGGUGUCUUUCAUGGAAGCGUGGCUUACGGCGGUAACCGCGGUGCUGUCAAGAUCGCUCUCUCACGCUCUGGAAAGACUAUCGCCUCAUUUACCGGAACAGAUAUCACCGAGAGCUGCCUGCACGGGUACACCAACUGGAACGCGUGGGUGGGGAGUGCAGCAGGCCCCAAAAUCCCCAAUGGCGUGUCUCCUAAGCUGGCUAUCGACGAGCAAAAGUGUAUCAGGGGCACCGCAAAGGGCAACUUCAAGGGCAUUUGCGAGUUCACCUGCAGCUACGGAUACUGUCCCCUUGGCGCCUGUGGCUGUCUAGAGCUCGGACCGCCCAAGAAGCUCCCAAAGCCAACGGGAAUCAAAGGGUACCCGAUUGCUGGCGAAGGGUCCAGCUAUAUCGGUCUCUGUGAUUUUGCCUGUAACUAUGGUUACUGCCCACCCGAGGCAUGCGGAACAACUGAGGUUGCCCUAACCGAGCCCACAGUGUCGCCUUUCCUCCCAUCUGCCUGCACUUCUGGCACGGGGCAGGACAGCUUUAUCGGCCUUUGCCAGUAUGCAUGCGACUUUGGAUUUUGUCCGAUCAAGCACUGCACCUGUACCUCGACCGGAACAUUGAUUCCUCCGCCUCCUCAAAACUCAGAAUACGAUGGUAAAUGGACAUUAGACGGUGACGACUCGGGCCUCUGUAGCUUUGCCUGCACCCGCGGCUACUGCCCCGAGACCGCCUGCGAGGAAUACCACCCCAAUGAGGUCGUCAUGUGCAACGAUGACUCUGAAGAUCUCCAAUGCCUGGAAUACGCCCUUGCAGAACCCGAACUGUGUGAUCUGUCACUCACAUUCAACACAAUGGGGGGUCUCCAGAAGUCACUCUCCACUAUCCCCAGUGGUUGCACGGGCAUUCACGCAAUGCAAGUCACCCUCAAGCUCCUGAAGGACACCAAAGCCAACUUCACAGCCGUCGACAACGACUACGACUACUGGUUCAAAUAUUACCUCAAGUACAUGGACCGGGUCGUCCCGCAGCAAAUCCGGGAAUUUGUGUCCUGGGGCAACAAAGGGCCAGGCAAUAAAUACUUCGACUGCACGCUUCACGAUGGAGAGCAACACGACCCGAAAGUCUGCCCUGUUCAUUCCGUCGCCAGGUCUUAUCAUAUAGACUACGAUUUCAAUGACGAGGCGGGAUUCUGGAAGGGCGCGGCCGAGCGUGGGAUCCAGAAAGACUGGGUUAGUUUUGAGGACUGGGACAUUAUCAAUCCUUGUGGGCCUGUCAAUCCUUCGCGGCCUGAUACAUGUCAGAAUGGUAUGAUUGUGUUGGAAGAUUUCCCGCAACCGGCGAAGAAUAUGACCUUCGCGAACCCCAAGGAUAUCAUCAGCAAAAGCGGCGGUAAAUUCGACCAGUUGGAGCUGGACAUCGUAACGACCUGGACAGAAAUGAUGUUUGGCUUUUGGGACGGGGACUACGACGACGCAGUCGAGGCCGUCUCACUUCCUGUGUUUAUGCUCGCACAGGCAGUCGAGUCAAUGGAGGAAGUCAAAGAGCUCGGCAAGCAAGAAAAGGAGUUGGAGGAGACAGAGCUCAUCAUGAAGAUUCUCACCGCUGUUCUGGUCGUUGUGCCCUUUGUCGGGGAGAUUGCCGGCGAGAUCGCGGGGCUGGCUUGGGUGAUCGAGGCCGCGGUUGUGGUUGAUAUUCUUGGCAGCACGGCGUUGGGCGUGUACGAUGCUGUCAAGAACAAGGCGAGCCCGGCUGUGGCGGUGGUGGAUAUUCUUUUGGGUGCUGCGGGUCGUAGAACGGGGAAAAAUUAUUCCAAGGCGGCGUCGAAGAAGCGGGAGAUGGGAGCGGAGGAUGUGAGCAAACUUGGGGAUGUGUUUAAGCGACAUGAUGAAUCGCUGAGAAAAGUGAUUCCUGCGGACCGGUGUAAGGUUUGA